CCACUGAUGCCAAAGAGACCAAAAUUUGACUACCUCUAGAUCUAAUAAUCUUUCAAACGGUAUUUUUCACUGGAAAGUGAACAGUUGGAAGAAUAUAUUUUUUGAGCGCAAGGACACAUUUGUCAUCUGAAAGCAAGACUGGUGUAGAUCUGUGCUCCAGCACAAUUCUCAAAACAAUCACAUGAAAUUUUUAAAAAAGUGAAAUGUAUUGGAAGUUCAUAUAAGGAUGUAGCGUUGCUUCAAAGGGCGCAGUAACUUUGCUGGCGUUUGCUGCAUCUAAAGAAGAGUCUGGCAGGUGGUCACCGUCCCUGUGCUGAAAGAAAGGUCACCCAGCCCCUAAAUCGCCAAACUACUUGGGGAAGGGGAAAAAACCUCCCCCAAAACUGUCAAAAUAACAAACAAUCCUGUGGGGGUGGAAUCAACAGCGCCCCCUAUCGGGUCUAGUAAACAACGUCAGCUGUGUGGUUUUCUAAGGGUUAAGGAGAACUGAACUGGCUUCCUAGAGAGCAAGGAACUUGGAGAGAAGGGAAGGGAGCGGAGUCCUCCAGGGCAAUACAUGCCCCCACUCCAUAGUCCUUCCUGCCUGGCUUUGGACGUGGGGGUGGGAGAUCAUCUGGGAUUUGGUAAGUCGACCCCCACUCUAUUUUGUGCAUUUGGGGGGAGGGUGCAGCUGAUCCAUCCAGGGGACCCCCAAGCCCUCAAAUCAGGGAGCGCAGAUUCCCGCCCUGCAAAGCCAAAUUUUGAAACGUUGGGAGAGGCUGCAAAGCAGGUCCGAAACAUUUAGCUGACCUAAGCAGAAUGCAUUUUCAAUUGCUCCCUGUUGGUGAGGACCAGAUCCAAGACAGACGGUUCCCUUGUUUCUGCUUCCAGGAUCUGGGAAAUAGGAUUGUCUGCAUGGCAACGAACCUUUAAUAAUAAUAAUAAUAAUAAUAAUAAUAAUAAUAAUAAUAAUAAUUUAUUUGUACUCCGCCCAUCUGACUGGAUUUCCCCAGCCACUCUGGGCGGCUUCCAACAAAGAUUAAAAAUACAUUAAAAUUUCACACAUUAAAAACUUCCCUGAACAGGGCUGCCUUCAUAUGUCGUCUUCUAAAUGUCAGGCAGUUGUUUUUCUCUUUGACAUCUGGUGGGAGGGCGUUCCACAGGGCGGGCGCCACUACCGAGAAGGCCCUCUGCCUGGUUCCCUGUAGCUUUGCUUCUCGCAAUGAGGGAACCGCCAGAAGGCCCUCGGAGCUGGACCUCAGCGUCCGGGCAGAACGAUGGGGGUGGAGACGCUCCUUCAGGUAUACUGGGCCGAGGCCGUUUAGGGCUUUAAAGGUCAACACCAACACUUUGAAUUGUGCUUGGAAACGUACUGGGAGCCAAUGUAAGUCUUUCAAGACUGGUGUUAUGUGGUCUCGGUGGCCGCCCCCAGUCACCAGUCUAGCUGCCGCAUUCUGGAUUAGUUGUAGUUUCCGGGUCACCUUCAAAGGUAGCCCCACGUAGAGCGCAUUGCAGUAGUUCAAGCGGGAGAUAACUAGAGCAUGCACCACUCUGGGGAGACAGUCUGCGAGCAGGUAGGGUCUCAGCCUGCAUACCAGAUGGAGCUGGUAGACAGCUGCCCUGGAUACAGAAUUGACCUGCGCCUCCAUGGACAGCUGUGAGUCCAAAAUGACUUCCAGGCUGCGCACCUGUCCUUCAUUCUUAGCACAGGCUGAGUUCCAAGAGGUAUCAGGGGUAAGGAGUUAUUUAGCACCCACCCACGAAUUACUCCAUAAAGGUGCUUGCAGAAAGCAGCUUCUUCCUGAUCUCAGGCCAGCAGGAAAUUGGCAUUUUUGUUUCUAGGAUGAAAUGUGCACUAAAUGAGAGGAGGAGGAGACUGCAGCUCUUUAGGACCUCAAAGGAAUCCUAAGUAUUAGCUAGUUUCCAAAUGCAGCUGCAGCUUCCUUCAUAAUUUCAAUACACAGGGAGGCAGGGAGGAACCAAACUAACACCUCUGACAUUUCAGUGCUCAGGUGAAAUCAUCUCACAGGCUGAGGAAGAGGCUGCAAGUCUCACAUGGAAGAAUGCUGGGGCUCAGUAGUGGUCCGUGGCCCAUAGUUUGAGAGCUGCUGGCUCCUGCCAACCUAGCUGUUCAAAAGCACGGCAGUGCAAGUAAAUAAACAGGUACCGCUGUGGUGGGAAGAUUAGGUGGCGUUUCCAUGUGCUCUGGUUUCCGUCACGGUGUCCCGUUGCACCAGAAGCGGUUUAGUCACACUGGCCACAUGACCCAGAAAGCUGUCUGUGAACAAACACCAGCUCCCUCGGCCUGAAAGUGGAGAUGAGCACCACAACCCCAUAGUUGAAUUUGACCGGACAUUAUUAUUAUUAUUAUUAUUAUUAUUAUUAUUAAUACACCGCCCAUCUGGCUGGGCUUCCCCAGCCACUCUGGGCAGUUUCCAACAAAAUAUUAAAAUACAGUAAUGCAUCAAACAUUAAAAGCUUCCCUAAACAGGGCUGCCUUCAGAUGUCUUCUAAAAGUCUGGUAGUUAUUGUUCUCUUUGACAUCUGGCGGGCAUUCCACAGGGCGGGUGCCACUACCAAGAAGGCCCUCUGCCUGGUUCCCUGUGACUUGGCUUGUCGCAAUGAGGGAACUGCCAGAAGGCCCUCGGCGCUGGACCUCAGUGUCUGGGCAGAACGAUGGGGGUGGAGACGCUCCUUCAGGUGUACUGGACUGAGGCCUUAACCCUCCAAGUCUCCUUUACCUUUUUUUUUUUUUUUAAACUAUUGAGACCCAUCCACCUUUGCUCAGGGAACAUUUUUCCUAUUCUGACAAUGAAGCAAUUUUACAGAAGAACAAUGUCUUGGCCUUCUAGGACUUGCUAGCACCUCUCAUUAGGACAGACAGAAAUUGGCAGAAGAGCAAAGGAGUUCCUGUGAACCUCUUGGAAACUUCCUGGGAGCACCGAUGGAGAAGGAAGAUUCCAGAGGACUUGAAGCAGGAAGUGGCCGGGAUGCCAUCGAGACUGGGAGCAGUAGAGGAUUCUGGGAGAACACAGGGAGGAAGGACACCCUCAUCUCAUAUGUUCAGCCCCAGUGUUUCAGGCAUUUCCUUUACCAGGAGGCCAAAGGGCCUCGGGAGGUUUGCAGCCAACUCCACCGUCUUUGCCAUCAGUGGCUAAAGCCAAACCAACACACAAAGAAGGAGAUCCUGGACCUGGUGAUCCUGGAGCAGUUUCUGACUGUUCUUCCACAAGAGAUGGAGAGCUGGGUGAGGGAAUGUGGAGCGGAGACCAGCUCCCAGGCGGUGGCCCUGGUGGAAGGUUUCCUCCUGAGCCAGGCAGAGGAGAAAAAGGAGGAAAACUGGCAGGUGAGUGCUCCAAUCUAGAAAGCACCAAGAACUUCAAAUGUGAUGGAGGGUACCUCAAAAUUUGCUAGUAAUUGCAACAUUUUUUGAAAGCUUCCAAGGAAGGAUAUACAAUAAUCCUUGAGGUUUCUGCUUCUUGUAAUGCCUUUUCUAAUUUUUCUCCCCAUUCCAUGUUUUGAAUUUUUAUUGCCGUUCCAGGGGAAGGUUCUGUUUGCAGAGAUGAGCACUGAUUUCUCUGAUAAUGAGAGGACUCCACCAGACACCAGAAAGCACCCACUGGGUAAGCAUUGCAGAAAUAGAUCCCAGUUUGCCUUCCUUGUUUAAUUGCAAAAUACUUCCAUGGGCUCCUUUAGUGUUUGGAGCAGAAGGUACUUCUCUCCAGCCUUUUCCAUAGCUCAAAACAACAUUUCCCUGUUUUUAAAUGUGGGGACAUGCAAGCUGAGUUACGGACAAAAGCCCAAAGCGGGAGAGAUGCAGUUCCACACUCCUGAAAUAUAAAAUUGGAAUAAAAAACUCAACAGAUGAGACUAUUUCUAAAGCCUGUUUGUAGUUAGACAUGCAGUGCUUAACCUCUGAGACAAGCUUUCCAUCAACUUUGUAUUUCACAGGUGAUGGGAUGAUGCUGGGAAGAUCUCUUCAGCCAUAUUCUCUUCACGGAGGAGGGGAAUCAGCUUCUGUGGUACCAGAUCAGGUAGUGGAGCAAAUCAGUGGGGGGAGAGAGGCUGGGGGCAGCCAGAUUGCUUCCGUCCUCUCCUCUCUGAGCCAGAAUCAAUUCACUUUCCUUAUUUGAAAUGUGACCUGAACAAAAGCUUUGAAGACCACUCAAGGAAACUUUAAAUCCUGAGAAUAAGGAACAGCUACCACGCGGCUGGUGCUGUGGUGUAAACCACAGAGCCUAGGGCUUGCCGAUCAGGAGGUCGGCAGUUCGAAUCCCCGCAACGGGGUGAGCUCCCCUUGCUUGGUCCCUGCUCCUGCCAACCUAGCAGUUCGAAAGCACAGCAAAGUGCAAGUAGAUAAAUAGCUACCGCUCUGUCUGGAAGGUAAACGGUGUUUCCGUGAACUGCUCUGGUUCGCCAGAAGCAGCUUAGUCAUGCUGGCCACAUGACCCGGAAGCUGUAUGCCAGCUCCCUCGGCCAGUAAAGCGAGAUGAGCGCCACAACCCCAGAGUCAUCCGCGACUGGAGCUAACGGUCAGGGGUCCCUUUACCUUUACCUCGCCUUAACUAUCCUUUUAGAUGCAGCCAGAAUUGUUUCUUAGUAGUAGCAGUGCUACGUAUGAAUUUAAAUAGCACUUAAUGCUAAGGUAAGCUUCUAAACAGCUGACAAAGUAGAAAAAGCAGUUACAGAAAUGAAACAAUUCCAUUGAAACAUUAAAAUAAACACCCAUAAUUAAAUUGUACCAAAAAAAAUUAUGCCAUUAAAUUAAAGCAACACAACAGUUUAUAGACAAUGGACAACCUAGUAAUGAGCUGUCUCUGAGGAGCUAUCUCUAAGGUGUAAACAUUUCCUUUUUCUUUUAGAGUACAGCAUCCUUUGAGGAUGUGGCUGUGCAUUUCACAGAUGAGGAGUGGGUGCUGCUGGAUCCUGACCAGAGAGCUCUGCAUAAGGAAGUCAUGGAAGAGACCUGUGGCAUCAUGGGCUCUCUCAGUAAGGCUGUUCGUUUUGUCUCUCUUAUGAAAGUCAGAUGUUUAUAUGUGCAAUGAACCUACAACAUUGUGCUAGAAUUCAGCAACAGCACCUACAGCAUCUAGAUUCCUCCAGUUUCCCCCUUCUAAACAAUUAGCAAAGUAGUUUUGACUGCUCUAACCAUUGGUCAGUCUUGUCCAGUGUUGUCUCCUCUGGCUGACAGCAUCCCUCCAAAGUUCCAAGCCAGCACAUUGAACAGUUCCAUCUAAGAUCCAUUAGAUAAGCAAGAGGAACUGGAUCUGGCUGGUGAGGCGAAUAGUUCCCUGCCCUAUGCAUAAGCCAACUUUGACAGGUAGUCAUUCAUAUCUGUCUAUCAAUCUUCUGACGACAUUAUGACAUCAGGUGGCAAUUAGAAAGGGGGGAAUUCAAAGCCCCCUUAAAGGCCAGCUUUCAGUGCCAAUCAGUAUGGAAAAUCCUUUCACAUUUACCUGGGGGUUUCUAAAACACCCUAAUGCAGCUGAUCUUAGUUUGGGCAGAUCAGCUGAUCAGUGCAGAGAAGGGAGCUGUUGGGAUUCUGUCCGCGGCCCAGGAAAGCAUAAAGACAAGGGAAAGUUUCUUACCGUCCUUUUUUAUUUCAGUCUUUACAGAGAGGCUAUAGAACCCAGACAUUUAGAUAAUGGUGUUGUCCUGAGUGAAUCUCCACCUCCGUCUCUCCCACUUCCUCAUUCAUCACUUCUACGGGUGCUGCCACAUGCCCUCUGUCUUUGAGCUCUUUGCUCUCCUACUUUUAAGGCUCGCCGGGUUCUGGGAGAUGGUGGGUCUGGAAUGCUUUCUAAUGACAACAUGUCAGCUGGUAGUUGUUCCAGUUAUCCCAUGAUUUCCCAGCUUUUCCCCUCAUCUGCCUCUGAGCUGCUACCUCCCUCAAACCCCUGUUGCAAAUCUAUACUAUCUCCCUCUUCCUCCCCCCUGGAAGGGUCAGGAUGGGGAGGCGGUUUCCACCAUUCCCCCUCUGCCCAGUCCCUGACAGGAGCCUUACUUGUGAAGGAGCAGUCAGGAGUGCAUUUUAAGCAGCCAGCUGGUUGUGGGCAGUCACAUAUUUUCUUCUCUGCACUAGAAGUCAUAGCUCUGGAGCUAAAAGCCUCUCGGUCCACCUUAGAACCCCUGCCAGAAAGAUCUACCUCACAUCAAAGUCCCUUCAGUUCUUCCAUUUUUACAACUGUUCCUUGGCAUUGCUCAAUAAUUUGGAGCCCAAUUUCAUCCUAAGGCUGUAAUCAGUUUCUGUCUUCAUUGCAGAAGAUUACGAGUUGGAAACCAAGAAUAAAGGAGACUACAAUAAUGUCUACGCAGUGAGGGCGCAGAAUGUAAAUUUGGAGAGUGGAGAGAGAUUCAGCCAGAGGUCCCAACAAAAAACGGACAGUGGGAAGAAACAGUAUCAGUGCUUGGAAUGUGGAAAAAACUUUAGCAGGAAGUCAAAUCUUACUAGGCAUGAAAUAAUUCAUUCAGAAGAGAAACCGUAUAAAUGCUUUGACUGUGGUAAGAGCUUUAAAAGAAGCACAGACUUCCUUAAACAUCAAACAUUUCACACAGGGGUAAAACCUUAUCAGUGCUUGGAAUGCGGAAAGUGCUUAAGUCGAAACAACCGUCUCUCUUCCCAUCAAAGAAUUCAUACAGGGGAGAGACCAUAUCCAUGUUUGGAAUGUGGGAAGAGCUUCAGUAUGAGUGACAGCCUGACUACACAUCAAAGGAUUCAUACAGGGGAGAAACCAUAUCAGUGCUUGGAAUGUGGAAAGAGCUUCAAUUUAAAGCAUAAUCUCACUUCCCAUCAGACACUUCACACAGGGGAAAAGCCAUUUCAGUGCUUGGAUUGCGGAAAGAGCUUCUCUCGGAACGACCGUCUCACUUUCCAUCGAAGAAUUCAUACAGGGGAGAAACCCUAUCAGUGCUUGGAAUGUGGGAAGAGCUUCAGUUUAAAGGUAAAUCUCACUUCCCAUCAAACACUUCACACAGGGGAAAAACCAUAUCCAUGCUUGGAAUGUGGAAAGAGCUUCAGGUUGAAGCAAACUCUCGCUUCCCACCAGACGCUUCACACGGGGGAAAAGCCGUAUCAGUGCUUGGAAUGUGGGAAGAGCUUCAGGUUAAAGCAAAUUCUCACUUCCCAUCAAACGCUUCACACAGGGGAGAGACCAUUUCAGUGCUUGGAAUGCGGAAGCGCUUCAGCCGGAGCUACCAUCUCACGGCUCAUCAAAGAAUUCAUAACGGAGAGAAGCCAUAUCGGUGCUUGGAAUGUGGACGGAGCUUCAGUCAGAGGGCUUAUCUCACUUCCCAUCAAGCAAAGCAUGAUGGAAUCAAACUAUGAAAGGAAUAAAUGCUGGCAAGUCACAGGUCCGGACAGGGCUGUGUUGCAUGGUGUCCAUCUGAAUGUACAGGUGUGUCCAGCUCUCACAUAUGUCUCUGUACUUUUGGUGAUGAGUUCUGCUCUCCCCACAAAUAACCUCUACCAGCAAGGCUACAGCAUCUCUCUCAGUACUUCUUUUCGUCCAUUUCCAGCAAGGCAUGAAGAAGGGUAUUCCAUUGGAGCUUUGAGCUACCCAACCAAUGAAAAUCUGGGAUUUAAGUACAGUGGUACCUCGGGUUACAGAUGAUUCAGGUUACAGAUGCUUCAGGUUGCAGACACUUCAGGUUACAGACUCCGCUAACCCAGAAAUAGUACUUCGGGUUAAGAACUUUGCUUCAGGAUGAGAACAGAAAUUGUGUGGCGGCGGCGCAGCGGCAGCGGGAGGCCCCAUUAGCUAAAGUGGUGCGUCAGGUUAAGAACAGUUUCAGGUUAAGAACGGACCUCCAGAACUAAUUAAGUUCUUAACCUGAGGUACCACUGUACUAUUUUGGGCCAGUGUAUCCUUACGAGAAAGGGAGGGGGAUCUCCCUGCAUGAGAGAGGGUCAUAAUGCCUUUAUUUCAUUGUACCAUUGUUUCCUACAAGUCCCUCUAGGUUUACUAUUCUGUUCAUAUUUCUAAGUUUGAAGUUGAAAGGAGAUGCCCCUGGUUAGAAAUGACAGAAUGGUUAUCUUUCCUGUUUCCUGUAUUUUUCCUGUUUCUUGAGUUUUUCUUUGGAGAACGCUAAUAUUGACCCUGGAGAUCUCCAUUCUUUCUUUUGAUAGGAAAGAUACAGUGCUGUAUAGGGAAGCUUUUAAAUGUGUAACGUUUUAUUAUGCUUUAAAAUAUGUUGGAAGCCACCCAGAGUGGCUGGGGCAACCCAUCAGAUGGACGGGCUAUAAAUAAUAAAAUUAUUAUU